AUGGUUGGGACGACAAACUAUGGGAGCAGGCAAGCGUUUUCGGUCGUCAAUGGAGGGAAAGAUCUCGGCCCGAACAGUGCUCCGGCUAGCAAUGCAGGUUCAGAGUGUGGAGGGAUUGAGUUGACCAGAGAGGAAGUUGAAGCACUGUUGAAUGAGAAACCAAAAAGGAAGGAUAGAUUCAAUCUUAAGGAAAGAUGUGAUAACAUGGUGGAGUACAUUAAGAGGCUCAAAUUAUGCAUCAAAUGGUUCCAAGAGCUUGAAGGACACUACAUAUUUGAGCAAGAGAAGCUGCUGAACGCGUUGGAGUCAGCCAAGCAAAAAUGUGAUGAAAUGGAGGUACUGACGAAAAACAAGGAAGAAGAACUGAAUUCAAUUAUCUUGGAGCUUAGAAAGAGUUACGCUUCUUUACAAGAUAAAUUUAUGAAGGAAGAAUUGGAUAAGCUGGCUGCAAUGGACUCUCUUACAAAAGAGAAAGAGGCUAGACUUAAUUUUGAGAGGACACAAGCUUCUCUUUCGGAAGAGCUUGCCAGAGCUCAACGAGAGCUUUUAAGUGCUAAUCAGAAGAUAUCAUCGCUUAAUGAUAUGUACAGGCGCUUACAGGAUUACAACACAAGCUUACAGCAGUACAAUGGUAAACUGCACACGGACCUUUCUACAGUUGAGGAUGAGCUUAAGCGUGUAGAGAAAGACAAGGCUACUAUAGUUGAAAACCUCAGCAUGUUAAGGGGUCAACUUACUUUGUCCAGAGCUUCUCAAGAUGAGGCUAUAAAGCAAAAGGAUGCUUUGGUGGAUGAGGUUGCUUUUCUUAGGGUGGAGCUACACCAAGUGAGAGAUGAUCGUGAUUGCUUGCUGUCACAAGUGCAGAUUUUAACAACUGAUGCCACGAAAUAUAAAGAGUCUACAGAAAAAUAUAGUGCCGAGUUGGACAUCCUGACAACAAACGUGAAUCAAUUAGAGAUGACGUGUUCAUCACAAAAUAACCAAAUAGUGGUACUGAAGAACCAGCUAUCUACUGCAGAGGAGAAAUUGCAGGUUUCUGAUUCAUCUGCAGUUGAGACAAGAACUGAAUUUGAAGGGCAAAAGAAACUCAUAAAUGAAUUACAAAAUCGCCUGGCAGAUGCAGAAUUCAAACUUGUGGAAGGAGAGAUGCUACGUAAAAAAUUACAUAAUACUAUAUUGGAACUAAAAGGGAACAUUCGAGUAUUCUGCAGAGUGCGGCCUAUUUUGCCUGAUGAUGGUAUUACCACAGAAGGAAAGGUUCUCUCUUAUCCCACAUCAGUAGAAGCUCUUGGACGGGGAAUUGAUGUGGUGCAAAACGGGCAAAAGCAUUCCUUCACAUUUGACAAAGUUUUUAUGCCUGAUACAAGACAAGAUGAUAUUUUUGUUGAAAUCUCCCAGCUCGUACAAAGUGCUCUCGAUGGUUAUAAGGUUUGCAUUUUUGCCUAUGGUCAAACAGGUUCUGGCAAAACUUAUACUAUGAUGGGUAGGCCAGGACAUCUUGAGCAAAAAGGUCUGAUACCCCGUUCACUAGAACAAAUAUUUCAAACUAGGCAAUCUCUUCAACCUCAAGGUUGGAAAUAUGAAAUGCAGGUAUCAAUGUUGGAAAUAUAUAAUGAGACGAUUCGUGAUUUGUUAUCAACAAAUCGAUCGUCUUCAACAGAAAAUGCUGUUUCUGCAAAGCAAUAUGCAAUUAAACAUGAUGCAAAUGGAAACACGCAUGUCUCUGAUCUUACAAUUGUGGAUGUCCGAAGUGCGAAAGAGGUUUCAUUCCUUCUAGAUCAUGCUGCACAGAGCAGGUCGGUAGGCAAGACCCAGAUGAAUGAGCAAUCAUCGAGAAGUCAUUUUGUUUUCACCCUCAGAAUAUUCGGUGUUAAUGAGAGCACUGAACAACAAGUACAAGGAGUCUUGAAUCUUAUUGAUCUUGCUGGGAGUGAGCGUCUUUCUAAGAGUGGAUCAACAGGAGACCGAUUGAAAGAAACUCAAGCAAUCAAUAAAAGUUUAUCAUCCCUAAGUGAUGUUAUAUUUGCAUUGGCAAAGAAGGAGGACCACAUACCCUUUAGGAACUCGAAGCUUACAUAUCUUCUUCAGCCUUGUUUAGGUGGGGACUCAAAGACAUUGAUGUUUGUAAACAUCUCUCCGGAUCCCUCCUCAGCGGGUGAGUCACUUUGCUCACUUCGUUUUGCAGCCCGGGUAAAUGCUUGUGAGAUUGGGACUCCUCGACGUCAAACCAACAUGCGGCCUUCAGAUUCACGCUUAAGCUAUGGCUGAUUUUUUUUUUUUUUAUAGAUUAAUGAUUCUUUUUCUAUUCUAGGCACCUAAGUUUUCUGUAUCAAUGAUAAAAGUAUCAAAGAGAUGCAUAAUCCUGAUGUAGGGUUUAUUUGUAUAGAUAAGAAAAUAUUGAGUUUGUAUUAAUUUAAGAGUAUAAAUUUAUGAUUUCUAAUUAUGCU